GACUUGUAAUUGUAACCAACUCCAUUUCCAAAGUCAUCUUCCCAACACUGUUCACACCCUAAAAAGAGGAGCGGAAGGUUACAGGGACUGUGGAGCAGGUGCGGCGGCCGCCAAUGAGGGAGAUGAGGGUGGAGGGACACCUGCUGAAUGACGCCAUGUUGUUACCUGCUCGAGUGGGCGGGCGAGAAAGCUCUUCUUUAUUUCCACUACGAGUUGGAGCGGCGCCCGCCACUCGCGUUACGUUGCUCCACCCCACGGCUUGACUUUACCACUCGGCUCCAUUCAGUCUUCGCCAGCGAUAGGACGACAUGGACAAGGCAGGUGGAAGAGGCGACUUCGAAUGGGUCUACGACGACCAGCCGCACACGGCGAGGAGGAAAGAGAUACUGGCCAAAUACCCAGAGAUCAAAUCCCUGAUGGGUCCAGAUCCCCAUCUGAAGUGGGUGGUGUCGGGCAUGGUGCUGUCCCAGCUCCUGGCCUGCUACCUGGUGCGCGAUCUCCCGUGGAAGUGGAUCUUGUUCUGGGCGUACGCGUUCGGCGGUUGCAUCAACCACUCGUUGACGCUGGCCAUCCAUGACAUUUCGCACAACGUGGCAUUUGGCAACAAACUGGCCAAGUGGAACCGCAGGUUCGCCAUGUGGGCCAACCUGCCCAUCGGCGUGCCCUACUCGGCCUCCUUCAAGAAGUACCACAUCGACCACCACCGCUACCUGGGGGGAGACAAGCUGGACGUGGACAUUCCCACGGACUUUGAAGGCUGGUUCUUCUGUACCCCGACCAGGAAGGUGGUGUGGCUCUUCCUGCAGCCAUUGUUUUACAGCCUGCGCCCGCUGCUGGUCAACCCUAAACCCAUUUGUAAUCUGGAGAUCCAGAACUUUGCCGUACAGCUGGCGGCGGACGCCGUCAUCUACUAUCUGUGGGGGCUCAAGCCGGUCGUUUACCUCAUCGCGGGAUCCAUCUUGUGUAUGGGACUGCACCCCAUCUCCGGACAUUUCAUAGCCGAGCACUACAUGUUCAUGAAGGGGCACGAGACAUACUCUUACUAUGGCUCGCUCAACUUGAUCACCUUCAAUGUUGGCUACCACAUGGAGCACCAUGACUUCCCGAGCAUACCUGGCAGUAAGCUACCUCAGGUGAAGCAGAUCGCGGCCGAGUACUACGACUCCCUGCCUCAGCACACGUCGUGGAUGCGGGUGCUGUGGGACUUCGUGUUCGACGACAGUAUCGGCCCGUACGCCCGAAUCAAGCGUGAGUACAAGCUCAGCAAGCAGGAGUAGAGGGGAUGCGCCACUCAUCCGUGGGAGGGCCACCAACUGCGCCAAUGUUAAUUUGACUGGUUAACACACCGCAGUCCACGUUCACUCUCAAAGCUGGAUGCGCUCGUCUUCAGUCACUUAUGUUGCAGUCAAACAUGUUAGGAAAGAACGCAAACAUUUCCUUCUUUCACAGCGCGCAGAAUUCCCACUUGUUCCUGUCAUACAAUACAGAUGGCUUGCCAUGCCAUUUGAGACUACAAUUAAUUGUAUUCAACAGUGAAAAUUAUUUUUUGUAAGGUCUACAGUUUCAUGUUAUUUGUUUUCAUUACUGAUACUUAAGCACGUGGACAGAAUAGCCCAAGAGUGUCAUUUAGGCGUUAUUAGGAAUCCUACGCGAAUUCCUGGCAUGACACGCCCUGCUGCAACAUGAUUGGCUCCUGCAAUCGCGGGAAGGCUACGCAGCUGUAACGAUAACCAUCCCAAAUAUGUUAUCACAUUUCUACGAAAUGAAAACAAGUUUAUGGUAAGGUUUAGGGCUAGGGUUGGGGUUAAGGUAGUCUAGGAUGGAUUUAGGUUAGGGUUAGGGUGGGUCAGGGCUAGUGGGAUUCAUAUUAACGGCAACACACUUAAGUCACAUACGAUUUUGUAGGGCGUGUUCUACCUGGAUACAGCAGCCAAUCAUAGUGCUUCAGCACUUGUCCUGGAGCCAGUAAUAUUGGAGCAGGGCGUCCUGCCAGUAACGUGCGUGGGAUUCCUAAUAACAUAACAUGUCAUUUAGGCUUUUUUUUUUUUUUUUUUUUUUGGGGGGCCGGAAGGGGGGCUUAUCAAAAUUACUGUUUCCAUGACGACUUUGAACUUUACUUACCUCAUCUAGAGGUUCAGAGACUGGAACAGUCGCCAGUGAAAGCGACUGAAACGACUGAGAGGCCAAGUUCAACGUUCCUAAACGUUUCACAUAACGGUUAACGCAUUUGCGCAAAUGGGUUGGGCUAGUGAUGAAAACACUUUGGCUUGCGCAGAUGCUUCUGCGGGGCUGCUGUGUGCUGUACCCCAGUAGUCUGCUUUUGUGAAUUAUUAUUAUUAUUAUUUUUUUUAGUUUACCUACUUAGAUCUUGUGAUUUUGUUGUCUAUUUAAAUGUAAAACAAAUAAACUCACAUCUUUAUAAGACGAUACUGAUCAAAACACGUCUGUUCUGCUUUGUUUCUCCUAAUUAUUUUACUAAUGACCUUGCCCAAACUAGGGUGAAUAAUCAGUCAUUACAGUUGAGUCAAAAUGGAGUGCACUACUAGGCUGUUGAUUCAGUCUCAACUAGUUUUCGGUCUGAAGAAGACCAGGGGCAUAUUUCGACAUUUAGGUGCCCAAGGGAAACCCCGUCAUGGGGUGCACCCCAUCCAUACCUCACUGACAAGUUUUAAUUUCACCUCAACACAAGGUCUUCAGUGAUAAUGUCCUUAAAAGCUGCCUUUAGGAUUGUUAAGUAAAUCAUCGCAAUAAGUACAAUAAUUAAUUAGGACAUUAUGACCUUAAGUAGCCAAAGUGCCUCCAUUAUACAUUUUAUUUUUCAUGGGAGCAAUGUCACGGUGUCAUUACUGUCAAAGCUGAUUUCUUCUCUGAUCUGUUGAGACAAAGAUGUUUGUGUGUCCACUGUCCGCGCACAUUCACACACUGUGCAUUAAAAACAAAGACUGAC